CUCAGGGAGCCCCAUUGCGCCCACAUUUAUUUUUUAUUUUAUUUUUCUAUACUCUUCUUUGCCCUUCUUAAACAUAUAUACAUAUAUAUACAUAUAUAUAAUAUAUGCCUGAUAAGCAAGACAAUAAAGCAAAGCUAAAGCACAAGUCUUUCUCUCGUAGAGCGUCUUCUGGCAACUUUGACAUAAACUAUGAUACUUUUGAACUAAAAAUACCAAGCUAUAUCUUUGCUAAACCGAUAGAGCUUUCUGGUGCUGGCAGUUUAAUAGCCAUUAGUCUUGGAAAAAGACUUACAGAUAAUCAACCAGUAUUGGCAAAAAUAUCACCUCACUUGGUUCGAAUUGAGAGAGAAUAUUAUCUAACAAAGAGACUUCAUCCUAUCUGUCCAAAGCAUAUUCCAAAUGCUGUAGAAUACGUCUCUUUAGCUCAAGAUGGUCUAGCUGCUCUACUUUAUACAGAUAUUCAACCCAACGACUACCUCUUCUUUCGAGAGUACUAUCACAGUCUUUAUUCAAUCAGCACUUUACCAAACAACACUCCCAUCUGGAGAUCUUGUGAAAGUCAUUCACAAUGUAAACCACUCAGUCUAGACAUGUUUUUAAAGUUCGCCAUUGAAUGCUGUUCAGCUUUACAGUUUUUACACGAAAGUUCAAUAGUCCAUGGUGAACUACGUCCGUCAUCAUUUCACUGUCGCUUCAACGAUGAGCUUAAUAAGCCAGAGAUCAAGAUCUGGAACUUUGGAGGUGGACUGAAAUCCUACGAAGACUUAUUACUCACUCGUUGGCGAUCCAUCAUGACAGACAAUUCACAGACAUCACAAGAUAACUCAGGAUCAUCGCAACAUAACCAUCGACUGUAUUCUACCAAAGAGUUUCAAUAUUCUCUUGCAUAUAUAAGUCCAGAACAAACGGGUAGAACGUCCAAUGCGCUUGACCAUCGUACAGACCUCUAUUCUCUCGGAAUACUCUUUUUCGAAUUAUUAACUAGUCGCGCACCAUUUGAAGGAACAGCCAUGGACAUUAUCGAAUCAAUUCUUUCAAAGAAUGUCCCUCUUGUUCACACCAUCAGAAAAGAUAUUCCCCCAGUGAUUAGCCUUAUCAUCGAUAAAUUGACUAGAAAAGCAGUAGAUGAAAGAUAUGCUAGUGCGUAUGGUCUAAAAGGAGAUUUACUAGAAUGUCAAAGAAGACUGAAGGACCAAACAGAGGCACUUAUCUUUUUCCCUUUAGGCCAGAAGGAUGUGAAUCCUGUGUUCAAAGUAGCAGAUGGCAUAUACGGUCGAGAAAAGGAGCAGGAGAUUAUUCAUUCGAUAGUCGAGCGUGUCAGCAUGCUACAUCAGCAAGAAAGUGCAAAGAAAGAGAUCAAAAAGAUAAAUCGAGCCGGAUGUGAAAUUAUUGUGUUGAAGGGCCCUGGUGGCAUCGGCAAAUCCACGCUAGCUUCCAUGAUCCAUAACAAAGCACGUCCUGCAGGAUAUAUAGCCACUGCCAAGUUUGAUAGAAAUCAGAAAAGUCCUUACAAUGGUCUAUUACAUUGCUUAUCAUCUAUACUGAAGCAGCUUUUGACAGAACCAGAAUCUGUUGUGAAGGAAUUCUACAAGGACUUAAAAGACAACCUUGGACCUCAAUUUCCCAAUGUGCGAUUACUGGUCGGUAAAGUUCCUGAACUAAAGCCUAUUCUGUAUGGAUAUAAAGAAAAAAUGAGGCCAGUGGAUGAUGAUGCAUUAUCAAGUAUUUUGAAUACUGAAAUAAGAUUUCAUUCUGUAUUCCUCAACAUUAUAAAGAUUAUUGCAAGACGAAAGAUGACUACACUGUGCCUUGAUGAUUUACAAGAAGCAGAUGAACCUUCUAUUCGUUUGAUUAGUGCUCUUAUUCUUUCACAAACAACCAUGUUGAUCAUUCUCACGUUUAGAGAUGGUAACGAAACACCACAGACCGUCAUUGAUAUGCUCAAUAGCUGUCAGGAACGCCCAAUCACGACUAUUCAACUAAACCCCAUUCCAAAAAGUGCAAUACAAGAACUCGUUCGACACACAUUUUACGGCGGCUACGACAAAGAUCAGCUUGAUACCACGCGUCCCCUUGCUGAUCUCAUCACUACUUGGACGCGAGGAAACCCCUUUUAUGCCAAACAAUUUUUAAAGAUUAUGAAAAGAAAAGGUGAUAUUUGGUUCGACUGGAACGACAAGAGCUGGAAGUUCCGGCUGGAUAACAUCAAGCACCAUGAUAUAUUUGAUAUCAGACAGUUAGUCUCUCAUUUGAAAUCAUUGGACAAGUCUACUCAACUGUUGCUCAUGUGGGCAAGUCUCAUGGGUCACGUCUUUAAUUUUUCAAAGAUUAAGGCGCUUUUGGAAUUUAAUGCCAUGGGUGGUCUACAGACCGCGUUGAGUGAAGGUAUCAUACAAUAUAAAUCUGGUGAUGACUUUUGCUUUGUUCACGAUCGAUACUGUCAAGCCGCUUCGAUGCUGAUCACAAGCAAGCAACAGCGCGAAGAAAUGCAUUUUAAAAUUGGACAGAUACUUAUGUCAGAAAACGAGGAAGAUGAAGAAGAAUCAGACGGGAGAGUGUAUUGGGUAGCUGAUCAUCUAUUAAAAAGCGCAAACCUAUUGCAGGCAAGUGGAAAAACAAGGCGGUACCGUAAGGUACUUGCAAAGGCAGGUCAUGAAGCAACCCUUUCGGGCGCAUUACAAAUUGCUGCUGCCUAUUACGAUUGCGCAAUUUCGUUGCUUCCUAGAGAAAAAUGGCAAGAUGGCCCAGAUGCGUCAUUUGAAGAGACAUUGAACUUGUCUAUGAGAUUACUGGAGCUGAUGAAUGAUAGUGAUACUGAUAUUACUAGACGAGAGGAAAUGAUUGACGAGAUCCUAACACAUACAGAGAACCGCCCAUAUGAGCGUGCACAAAUAUGGCGAAUGCAAGCUAGAGCCUGUUUCCAAAAUACAAAUUACCGCCAAGGUGUUGACAUUAUACUUAAAGGACUUAGGGAAUUAGACAUAACUAUUGAUGAAAAAGCAGCAGAUUUUUAUGAGCAGAUAAAGACAAUCGUAAAUAACAUUGGCUUUGAUGCUCUGGUGAACCGAUCAGAAUAUUGCACAGAUCCUAAGCAAUCGGCUAUUAUGCUUUUGCUCAAUGAAGGCUGCACUGGCGCAUAUCUGAUAGAUCCGACCCUUGCUGAUUGCUUUGGUCUCAAGAUAUGUGAGCUAUCACUCAAAUCAGGCUAUACCCCUUCUAGUGGAGGAGGCUUUAUCUGGGCAGGAUGCACAGCUGCAAGAAAAUCUGAAUUUAGCUUUGCAGCAGAGUUAGGGAAAUUUGGAUUGAGUGUUGCUGAAAGGUACGCAGGCAACUCUGAGAUUGCUAGGGCAAUCAUUAUUCAUCAUACCAUGCUGGCUCAGUGGGCAGGGGUUCCUUUACAGACGUAUGCUGAACAGUUCCAAAAGGCAUAUGCUCAUGCAGUCACUGGUGGUGAUAAGCUUUUCUCGUCGCUUGCUUUGUUUCAUGUGGCAGUUACUUAUUAUUGGACAAGCCGUAAUCUUUCGGAUAUUCACUGGCAUUUAAAGAAAUCUAUGGAUACAUCCAAAAGAACUGGAAUAAGAGACGUGACGCUAUUAAAUAUAUCUCUUUGGCGCUCCAUAUUGGUGUUCCAGGGAAGAACAGAUUCAGUUGUAGAUCCGGACACGAUGAUGAACGAAUCAGAAAACUUUGAUGAAAUAUCGUAUGUGAACGACUUGGAAACACAGGGUCUUGGAAAUGCGCUAACUUGGCAUUAUGGCUUCAAGAUGAUUCUUUUAUUUCACUUUGGGUUUUUUAGAGAAGCAGUGGAAACUGGAGAAAAGAUAUUUGAUGACUCUGCUGGUCAAAUAGUGUAUCGUCAUAUUGGCAUUGCUAUGUACUAUCACAGUCUUUCACUUAUUGAAUGCAUGAGGGAACCUGAUCUAGAUCCUGAAACGCGCGAAAAGUACAAGAUGAGGCUCGAAGGCUACAAAGAAAAGCUUAAUAUUAUGGCUGCUCAUUCAUACGUUAAUUAUGGAUUGUACUACAAAAUACUUUGUGCACAAAUAUCGACAUUGGACAAUGAUUUGCAAGCCACGCUUGUAUUUUAUAACAGAGCUAUAGAGCACGCACAAGCUGAUAACUGGGUAUCUGUACUGGGAUUUAUCCAUGAACUCAUGACUCACCACUAUAUGCGCUGCCAAUUAGACAUGGUUGCCAUCCCCUCACUCACCAAGUCUAUUGAUUACUAUCGUCAAUGGGGGGCUUUUGGCAAGAUACAGUACCUUCAAAACAUGUACGGUCAUUUAUUGGAGCCUAUGUCAAUUAAGAGACGAGAUUGUGAAGUACAAACGGAAGAUGUUAUUGUUGGCUUUACGACCAACGUAGCAGAAGGCAGUAUAUGGGAAAAUCACAGUGAUGAGACAGCAACAGAUCCUUCUUUACGAGAUGACAUCCUAAAUAAUGACGAUAUAACUGUGUCAGCAGAAGAAGGGGAAAUUUCAGAAACGACUUUACUUUCAUUAGAUAUGGUCGAUCUUACAUCAAUCAUUAAAAGCACUCAAGUCAUAUCAAAUGAAAUGAACUCAUUUGAUGAGCUAUUGAAGAAAAUGAUUGGAAUUAUCAUGUCAAACUCUGGUGCUGAAUCUGGUGCAAUCAUUGUAAAAGAAAGACAGCUAUGUAUUGCCGCUUAUUCUACACGCUCAUGCUGUGAGACAUAUGACCCGCCUCUUCCUCUGGAAGAUUACAAAAGCAUUUCAGCUUCCAUUGUAAACUAUGUUAUUCAUACACACUCGGUGCUCUUUAUACCAAAUGUGGAAGAUGACCCACGCUUUGUGACCAAUAUCACAAAGAGCGCGGUGAUGUGUAUGCCUAUUUUACACAAGAAUACAUUGGUAGGAGUUCUGUAUUUACAGGCUAACAUCAAUACAUUUACACACAAGCAUUUGAACGUCCUCACGCUCCUCUGCGAUCAGAUCGGUAUCUCGAUCACCAACGCCCUUCUUUUCAAAUCUCUACAAAAGGCCACCGAGACAAACGCUCAGAUGAUCGAAAGCCAGUUAAAGGCGCUGGAAGAAGCCAAAGCAAGCCGUGAACAAGCGCUGAGAGCGACCCAGAUGAAGUCAAACUUUUUGGCCAAUAUGUCACACGAGCUUCGAACGCCUUUCUCAGGAUUUUAUGGCAUGAUUUCAUUGUUGAGUGAAACUCGACUGGACGCUGAGCAACGUGAAUUUGUGUCUAUUGCCAAACAGAGUUGUGAAAUGCUACUUCAUAUCAUUGACGACUUGUUGGAUUUUUCAAAACUUGAAGCUCACAACGUCAAAUUGCAUUAUGGUCUAUUUUAUGUAGAAGAUAUCAUUGCAGACAGACUAGAGCUGCUUAUCACACUAGCGGCGAACAAGAAUGUUGAACUGUCGUACUAUAUUGACAAAGAUGUUCCACCCAUUAUCUAUGCUGACGGCAAUCGAAUUGGACAGGUUUUGUUAAAUCUAGUAGGAAAUGCGAUCAAGUUUACGCAUUAUGGUGAAGUUGUUGUUCAUUGCAGCCUAGAUAAAGAGCACGGGGAUGGUAGUAUAUCUUUAAAAAUAUCUGUGAAGGACACAGGGAUAGGUAUGUCUAAAGAAGAAAUGAAGGGCUUGUUUUUGCCUUUUAGUCAAGUUGACGGAUCGACUACAAGAAACUUUGGCGGUACAGGAUUGGGUCUAUCCAUUUGUCUGCAGCUAGUAAAGUUAAUGCAAGGCGAUAUCUGGGUCGAUUCUGAGGUCAACCAAGGUUCUACAUUUUCUUUUACUGUACGGGUUAAAAAUGGUGAUACCGUCGCUGCUGAACCGGAUGGAGAUCCUCGUUGUAAGGUUAUUAAUGAUCUUUUGGUGCAGCUUCAUCAGCCACGCAUUUUGAUGGUUUGUCAAAAGCGUAUGAAAAAAAUGGUAGAGGCGUCAUUGCCAUGGUUAUCGUUAGAUCACAUGUACACAUUGGAAGAAGCUACUCAGUGUAUUAUUGAAAAGGCAAAGAACAACGCUGCCUAUGACUGCAUCAUUAUCGAUGCUCCUUCACCUGACCUGCUUAGACAACUGAUUAGUACGAUUGAAUCAACUCCUAGCUUAAAGCAUACACGUAUAUUGAUUCUCAUCGCGCCUGUCGUUGAUAACAUACCACGCACCACCAUCUCGCCCAAGCCAUCUAUUGAUCUUCUUCAGCAUCAUUUCUUGUUUCAUCCUUUGAUUACGCGUAUAUCGAAACCUGUAAGACAAGUAAAACUAUUGAAAGCCCUAGUUAGUGCACUAGGAUCAUCAAAACAAAAGGUGGAAGUAAAUGAACCUGUCCGUCCAGUGGAUACAGUGGAGGAAAAACCAAUGGCUACAUUUAACACCGCUAGACAAACACAAGAAGUAUUUUCACCUGAAGAAUUGGCAUUAUUCAAGGGACAAAAGAUACUCGUAGCAGAAGAUAACUCAAUUGCUCAAAAGCUCAUCAUGAAGCAACUAGGAAAACUUGGUUUCAUUGUGGAAGCGUGUAAUAAUGGAUUUGAAUGCUUUGACACUUGGAAGGCUAGGGGCCCAGGAUAUUUUUCGUUGGCAUGGAUAGAUCAUCAUAUGCCUGGUUGUGACGGAAUCGAAGCGACGAAAAAGAUUAGAGCGUAUGAAAAGAAGAUGAAUUAUGAUAAACUGUUGCCAAUCAUUGCCUUGACAGCUGAUAUACAAAUUACUGCCCAAGAAAAUUGUCUGAAAGCUGGUAUGAAUGAUUACGUUACAAAGCCACUUAUGCAAAAAGACUUGGUCAUCAUCCUAAGAAAGUAUUGCUUUGCUUCUGCUGUUUAGUGUGUGUAUAUAUAUACAAUUAUUUAUUAAAUAAAUAAGGAUUUUUCUCU